UCUAUUUUUAUCAAUGCGAGCGCCUCUCUCUAUUGCCGCUGCUGCUGCUUCUUCUUCUUCCUCUUCGCUGUCCUGUUCUUACUCUGUUGCGAACGAUGCUACUUCGCAGCGCUUCGUCUCCUCUGUUCAACUCGCCGUGGGUGGCUGCGGCGAAGGAGGCGACUGCACACGAGUUCUCGGCGGGGGUUGCAGAACUGCCCCUAUACAGGUCUCGCUCCCUAGCCCACCUCACCUCUUGUUUCUCCUUCUGCUCAAGCUCCACUUUUUCUUCCUCAUCCUCUGCCUCGUCUCCCGCCUCCCGGAGGCGGACGUCCACGCCCAUUUCCCGCGCUCUGUCGGACAGCGGCCUCUCCCACCUCAAGCCGAGGGCGCCACCUUUGCCCUCCCUCUUCCCGUCAUCCGUCUCUCAGGACGAAGCGGAAAUAGGGAAGACCGAUGGAUUGAGGCAAUUCCGAAAAUCCAAUUCCGUUUCUUCCUCGUCGGCCAGUCUCUUCUCCAGCUCCCGGAUGGAUGAUCCCGGCGCUGUGAUGGUGGUGGAAGAAGAGAAUCAGUGCGUCGUCGUUUCCGAGGGUUGCGUUGGCGGCGUGGAUGGUGGUGGGAAGAUAUACGGCGGCGGUGGAAGCGGCGGCGACGAUGGAGACCGGGGAUUCCAUCUCUCGGAUUCUGAUGGCGGAAUAGAAGCCACCGAUGCGUAUUACCGGAAUCUGAUCGAAGUCAACCCGAGCAAUUCUCUCAUCCUUGGGAACUAUGCCAAGUUCUUGAUAAAGUUUCGAGGAGACAUGGCCGGAGCGCAAGCGUCCUGCGAGCAGGCGAUCCUGGCUAAUCCAAGCGACGCCAGCGUGCUCGCCCUCUACGCGGAUCUGGUGUGGCAGAGCAGCAGGGAUGCGCCUCGAGCUGAGGGCUACUUCGCCCGUGCCGUCCAAGCUGCGCCCCACGACAGCUACAUCAUGGCUUCCUAUGCUAAAUUCCUGUGGGACACGGAGGAUGAGAGCGGCAUCGAGAGCCCGCCUGCCGUGUUUCAAGGAUCAAGUCCGCCACUUCCUCCCCCUCCUCUACCACCACCACCACCACCUUCAAUUGUUGCUGCUUCCUAAAAAUGUUGAGGUGCUACCUCUUUCUCACCGGUGCAACUGUAUGCGGCCGUAAAUUUUGCUAGGAUAAUCAAGUGGGGGUGUGGUGUCCAAAGUUGUUUGAUAAGAGAAUGUAUCUUAUCCUCCCAAAUCUUAGAAGUACUUGGUUUUCAUGUUGGGAAUAUGAAUGAAAGAAUAGUUCCUUGUCUUGUUGGGAGAGUUUUAUGAUAAUAAAGUUAGUUUAUAUUGAA